AUGAACGGCGAGGGCUACUCUCGAGACGGUGGCCGGAAGCGAGAUUAUGCUUCGCGUGGCGACCGCGGCGAGGAGCAUAGGCGAGAUCGCGACCGAGAUCGAGACCGAGACCGAGAUGGGCGCCGCGAGCGACGACGAUCAAGAUCCCCCAAUUACCGAAGCUCCAGGCGCCGCGACGAUGAAACUGAUGCGUAUUCUUCAAGCCGAAGCCACAGGGAUCGAGAACGGGAAGAUCGGUACUCUGGUCGAGAGAGGCGUGGAGGCGAGCGCGAGUGGGACCGCGAUCGAGGCUCUCGUAGGGAUGGUAGGAGAGACGAAGAUGAACGGCCCGCUAGGCGAGAUAGAGGUGACGCUUUCGACGAUAGACGCCGUGGAGGACGCGACAGGGAUGACUUUGGCGGCCGCGACCGGCGCCGAAGCCCAUCUCCUCCCCCGAAGCCUCGCGAGCCUACUCCGGAUUUGACCGACGUAAUCCCGAUCCUUGAACGCAAGCGUCGCCUCACGCAAUGGGAUAUUAAGCCACCUGGGUAUGAGAACGUCACUGCGGAACAGGCCAAGUUGUCGGGAAUGUUCCCGUUGCCUGGUGCACCCCGCCAGCAAGCCAUGGACCCGGGCAAGCUGCAAGCGUUCAUGAAUCAACCAACUUCGCAAGUAAACCGAGACGCUUUGAAGCCUACCCAUUCACGCCAAUCGAAACGACUCCUGGUAUACAAUGUCCCGCCCUCCCUAACCGACGAGGCCCUGCAAUCCUUCUUCAAUCUGCAACUUAAUGGUCUGAACGUUAUCGAGGGCACGGAUCCUUGUACCAGUUGUCAGGUAUCAAAGGACCACACAUUCGCCCUUGCCGAGUUUAGGUCUGCCGCAGACGCUACUGUUGCUUUGGCUUUGGACGGAAUAUCUGUGGAUGCUGAUGAGGCCAUGGCAAAUAACGGAUCUGCCGAGCCUAAGGGACUCGAGAUUAAACGCCCUAAGGAUUACAUUGUUCCCGCGAUAGUGGAUACGCCUUACGAGCCUGGCGUCGUCUCCAAUGUUGUUCCUGACACGCCUAAUAAGAUCAGCAUCGCCGACCUUCCUACGUACCUUACUGAUGAACAAGCCACUGAACUCCUUGUCUCUUUUGGCGAGCUCAAGUCUUUUGUUCUUCUUCGAGACCAGCAUACCGACGAAUCGCGGGGCAUUGCCUUCUGCGAGUACGUCGAUCCUUCGGUUACAGAUAUUGCGAUUGAUGGACUCAACGGCAUGGAGCUUGGAGACAAGAAACUCAAGGUUAGAAAGGCUAGUAUUGGCAUUAAACAAGUCUCGGGCAUCGAGAUGGGAGUCAAUGCGAUGUCCAUGCUUGCCGGAACAACGUCCACGGAGAGCGAGGAGAGCUCAGUUGUUCAGCUGCUUAACAUGGUAACUCCGGAUGAACUGAUGGACAAUGACGAUUACGAAGAAAUCUGCGAGGACGUUCGCGAUGAGUGCGCCAAAUUUGGCACCAUUGUUGCCCUCAAGGUCCCGCGACCCGUUGGUGGCAGCAGACAGUCACCUGGCGUCGGAAAGAUUUAUGUGAAGUUCUCAACAAAAGACUCUGCGACGAACGCUCUCCGAGCCUUGGCCGGUAGGAAAUUUGCUGACCGGACCGUUGUCACUACUUAUUUCCCGGAGGGAAUCACGGUUCGCGCCACCUUCGGCUACCAGUACCACAACUCAAGGUGA